GUCGCGUCACUGAACGCGUACAUCAUCAGUGUCAAAAGCAACUCUUGGGCACUUUGGGAGAUAUUCAGACUGAUCAUGACGACUCACGAGUUUUUUGUUGACAUGACAUGUGAAGGAUGCUCGGGUGCAGUAACUCGUGUUCUUAAAAAACUGGAUGUAAAAUUUGACAUUGAUCUCCCCAACAAGAAGGUUGUUAUUGAGUCAGACAAAGACACAGAUGUGCUGCUAGAAACACUGAAAAAGACUGGAAAAACAGUGACCUACAUCGGACCAAAAUGACAAGGCAGUCAUCCAUGGCACACUGUUACAGCAAGAUCAUAAUUGUGCUGCUUUGAAGACUAUGAAGUGGGACAGCUCAUAGGACAAAUCAUUACAUUUCUUGAUUGCUUCUGGUAUUUUUGGGACCAUCAGGAUUAAAAAAGUCUGUAUAUCAAAGCACCCUGAAGAAUCACUACAAGACUGUCUUUUUUUUGGCAGUUAUAAGUAUGGCAUGUAACUUUUUACUAUGUGGCUGUGUACGUUCCUCAUCUAAAGUUCUCCAGUCUGCAUGUGAUUGUGAUGCUCACAUGACAAAAUAAAGAUUUCCUGUAUUUG